AUGGAGAAGCAAAACAACUCACGGACUGAAACAAAUCAAAAGAUAAAUAUCACAAAAAGAACAAGGAGAAGUUGUUUAAAGCCGAAACCUAAACAAGCGUUGUCCUCAUCUGACACUUCAGAUUGUGAAGAAAAUAUUAGCGAUUGGGAAUCUGAAAACGAUGACACGGAAUCGGAUGAUUCUACAUCUUCUGAAGAAUCUAUUGUAGAUGAGAUCGAAGAUGAUUUCAACAACGUGGUACCAAACCACGAUACAGAGGAGGACGUGAAUGAACCUGAAGAAUUUGCAAAUUCUGAAGAUCAACCGGUCAGCUCAGAGAAUCCGGUUCCAAGAUCUGACACGGAAGGCGCUACUGAGAGUGUUUUAGAAAAUAAUUUUAUAGGAAAAAAAUGCAACAUCCCGUCAUGCAAUUCUCUUCUACCAUCCAACAAAAAUAUAUUUCAAUUACCCACAACAGGAAUACCGGUUUGCAGUGACUGCUACAAAAAGUAUUUGAAAACUGAGUACAAUCGAGUUGUCGAUUUAGAAGAAACAGCGAGACUAACUGAGUCACUUUCUGAAGACUUACCUGAAAUAGGACUUGAGGACUUGACCACGUUUUUUGAAGUUGUACACCCUGGCUGUCUUACCAUUCUUGAAGAUCUAGAAAAAUCAAGCAAAGAGUUUUUGCUGCAAAAAGCUAUCGAUGACAUAUUCCCGCCAAUGACAUCGGAAUCCGUGAUUUGGAAUAACCUUGACACGUACCCGGAAUACAGAUUAUAUACUUGGACUGAGCAUGAGACUAUUCCAUUUGAAAGCUGUUCCAAUUUCCUAUCAUCUUUUAUCGAAGACUUAUCCAAAAUCUUUCCUGAAGCGCGGAUAUCAGAGGAUUCUUUUAAUCAUCCCGAUUUUAUUGAUGACUUGUCCUCUGAACCUUCCUGCAGUCCCCAAUUGAAUGAAGGCAUUCCUUUCAAUGUUCAUAAAGACAUAGAAUCUCCUCCAAAUCUUGAAAUUGAGAGGAUGUUUCCGGCUGAAAAUAAUGAUGAGCAUGCUGUGGACACAGAGAAGUAUUUAUUUGAUCAUCCCGAUUUUAUUGAUGGCUUGCUCUCUGAACCAUCCAGCAGUCCCCACAGAUGCUACGGAGCAGAUUCUUUCAAUCUUCAUCGAGACAUAGAAACUCCUCCAAUUCUUGUAUUUGAGGGCUUUUUUCCGGCUGAAAAUAAUGAAGAUCAUGAUGUGGACUCAGAAGAAGAGCAGGAUGAAGCGUCUGGUCAAGAAUUGGAAUCUCACAAGACUUUCUCUGACAUAUCCUCCGCUGUUCAACAUUUAUGGAACACCUAUUGUGCUCCUCAGUUGACAGGGACAGAUGAUGAGGAAGUCAUCGAGGAAGAAGAUAGUGAGAGAGAUUCUGACGAGGAGGAAGAGGAAGAUGAAGAAUCAUCCAAUGAUAUAAACAGGGACACUACCGAUUGCUUUCACCCGUUAGAAUAUAACAAUGAACCCCAAGAGUGCGAUCAGUUCUCCGAAUCUCAAGAAUACCAAUAUAGCUGUGACCAAGAACUUGAUUGCUAUCAACCGGGGAGUUAUAACAGUGAAACCGAUUGGAAUCAAGAAUUUGUGCCUAUGUAUGAACACCUGGAAACAGAUCAGUUCAACACUUCUCACACGUUGCAUUGUUAUGAGCCACCACAGGAGGACAUUCCGAUCAUUUAUUCUUCUGAUAGUUUAGCAAAAACCACAUUGGAACCAGUUUCAAGCAUCCCGUCUUCAGAGGAUCCAGAUACUCAAGUGGUUCAUGAACAUAUCCGCAGCUGUCAUGUACCAAAUUGUUAUAUGCCACCACAGGAGGACGUUUCGAUCAUUUAUUCUUCUGAAAGAUCAGUAGGAACCGAAUUCGAACCAGAUUCAAGCAUCCCGCCUUCAGAGAAACCUGUUAUACAAUUAGUUUAUGAAGAAAAAGGAAAAGACCGAACACCGAUUACGGAAACAAAGGGAAAAAUGGAUUUGAAGAAAGCGGCUGGAAAACAUGAAAGAAAUUGCUCAAAUACCACUCAUCCUGUCACUACAACUGAGGAGGGAGUCAUUGAGGAAGAAGACAGUGAGGCAGAUGAGGAAAAUGAGGGAUCCAUCAAUGGUAUAGAGGAAGACACUACCUCUAACAAUGACAAUCAACCAAAUUUCUAUCAUCCGUUAGGAUGUGACAAUGAAGAAUUCUACAAUUCUCAAGAACACCAAUAUAGUCGUGAGAAGGAACUUGAUUGCUAUCUACCGGGCAGCUAUAACAGUGAAACCGAUUGGAAUCAAGAAUUCGUGCCUGAUUUUACAAAUAACACUUCUCACACGUUGCAUUGCUAUGAGCCACCACAGGAAGAAGUUCCGAUCAUUUAUUCUUCUGGGAGUUUAGCAGGAACCACAUCAGAAACAGUUUCAAGUAUACCGUCUUCAGAAGAUUUAGAUACUCAAGGGGGUUGUGAAAAUAUCCGCAGCUGCCACGUAUCAAAUUAUUAUAAGCCACCACAGGAAGAAGUUCCGAUCAUUUAUUCUUCUGAAAGUUCAUGUUCCACACCAUUGGAACCAGUUUCAGUCAUUUCGUCUUCACAUGAGAAAGAAAUAUCAGAGGAUCCUAGUAUCAUUUGCGCAGAAAUGAGCAGUGAUAGCUCACAGAACGAGGGUAUCCCAUCACAUAAAAUAGGAUGCAGAUGCAAAUUGUAUGAAAAUCAAAAAUGCGCCAACUCAGCGUGCAAGGUAACCUUACUUCCGGGAAAAAAUGUUGUUAAUCCUGUAACUAAGGAGAAAGUUUGCCUUUGCUCAAAUACAUUCUGCAACCUACCACUACCUCCGGGAAAACACGUCACUCAUCCUCUCACUCAGGAGAAAGUUUUGAUUGCUAUGUUUACUAUAAAAGACACCGGAAGAACAGGAGAUACUGUAGGGGCAAAAAUAAAGCAAUGGGACGCUCGGCAGCUGGAAGAUUCAUCUGAUGCAAACUCGAUGACAUUUGUCGGUAUUCCAAUAUACGAUGUUUCAGAUAGUGAUUAA